AUGGAUAUAUCCAUUACCCCAUUAAAUUUAAUUGACCACAAUUUAAAAGAUAGUAAUAAUAAUAAUAAUAAUAAUAAUAAUAAUAAUAAUAAUAAUAAUAAUAAUAAUAAUAAUAAUAAUGAUGCUCUAUUUUUUUCAGUCUGGAGAAAUAAAUAUUUAUUAAGUGAAAUACAAAGACAUCACAGGUUAUAUAAUGAAAAUGAGAUAAUAUUCAUUGAAGGGUCAAUGGAUCAACUUAGAUAUCAUCCACAUAGAAGAUAUUUAACAACAGUUUCUAUUAUUGUUCAAGAACCAUUAGAACCACAUGGUCAACUUAUACCUUAUGGUAUUGUUGAGUUAGAAUUAGAGUUCGUUGGUAAAUUUAAUAAACCAAUUCAAGCAGGUGAUAUUCCUCCAACAGUGACAUGUUUUUAUCUUGGUGGAUACACCAAUCAAAUCGAUUUUAAAUCAAUAGUGCCAAAUAUUACAAAAUUAUAUCUCAAUACUUUCAAUAAACCGCUUACACCCGAAAUGUUUCCACCAUCUCUUAAAAUAUUAAAUAUGGAAUCAUUUGAUCAACCUUUAAAAACUGGUGAUUUACCAAUAAAUUUUGAAACUCUAGAUCUCUUUUCAUAUGACUAUCCACUGAAAUUAAAUGUUCUUCCUUCUCAAUUAAAAGUAUUAACUCUUAAUAGUUUUAAUCAUCCAAUAUCAAAAGGUUUAAUCCCAGAAUCAAUCGUUGAACUGACAAUGGAUAGUUUCAAUCAACCACUGUCAAACUCUCUAUCAUCGCUAAACUCAUUAAAAAAACUAAACUUAGAUAGUUUCGAUCAAGAUGUAUCAAUUGGGGAAUUACCAAACUCUAUUGAAACUUUAUCAAUAUCCAAUCAAAUUUUGAAACCAAAUGUACUUCCACCAUCAAUAACCAAACUCAUUUUAAAAAACUAUAGUAAUCAAUUAGAACCACAGGUAAUACCCCCCAAUGUACAACAUUUACAACUAAUGUCAUAUAAAGGUGAUCUUGGUAAACAUUUGUUCCCAAAUUCUUUACAGAUUUUAAAAUUAUCAAAGUACUCGAAUGAUUUAUUUGAAGACGAUUUACCAUUAUCAAUUACAGAUCUAGAUUUUGUUUCAUUUGGCCCAAAUAUUAUCAAAGUUUAUUCAAUUCCACCAUCAGUCAAAAUUUUAAGCCUACCAACUUUUUAUAACCAACCUCUUCAAGCUGGUAUUGUUCCCAACUCAGUAGUGGAUUUAACUUUAUCCAACCACUAUAAUCACCCUAUUCAAGUAGGUAUAUUACCAGAAUCUCUCACCAGAUUAAAGUUUGGCACUUUCUUUGGGCAAUCCCUAGAACCAGAUGCCAUUCCUCAAUCAGUUACUUUAAUAGAGCUUUAUCAAACUUAUAAACAUCCAAUACCAGAAUCUUUAUCAAGCAGGUGUAAUAUUAUAAAAUAUUAA